AUGCGCAGUGCUUGCCUCCCACGUGUGGGGCGCUGCGUGCGCUGCUUUGCCUCCACCCAACGCAAUCGCAUACGCUAUGCAUUGCUGGACGUGGACGGUGUCUGUAUACUUGGCGGCGUCGAAAUCCCAGGAUCAUCGCAGGCACUGGCCAGACUUCGAUCGUCCGUGCGAGCCUGCCGGUUCAUCACGAACCAGUCCCAGGAGCCAUGCUCCAUGGUGCAAGCGAAGCUGCGGAGUGCGGGCUUCCACGUAGGAGAUGGUGAGAUCUUCAGUGCCCUUCGUGCAGCACGGCAUUUUGUGCGCCAGCGCCAGCUGAGGCCGCUUUGCCUGCUAAGCACUGCGGCACUGGAGGAGUUUCACGACGUGCCACAGAGGGAGCCCAAUGCUGUGGUUGUCGGAACUGCGCCAGAGCAGAUGCACUACGAGCGGCUAACUGAAGCAAUGCGCGUGCUGCUGGCGAACGAGGACAGUCAUCUCAUUGCGGUGAACAAGGGCCGCUAUUUCCAGCGCAGCGACGGUUUAGCCUUGCAGGCCGGUGGUUUUGUCGCCGCCCUUGAAUAUGCGACAGGCAAAACGGCGACAGUCGUGGGCAAGCCGGACUGGGAGUUUUUCCAUUCGGCCGUUGAAGAUGCCUCUGGGGCGACUGGUCCGGCCGUUGAGUUGCCCCUCGGGGAAUUCGUCAUGAUAGGUGAUGAUGUCAUUGACGAUGUUCAAGGCGCCAUGAACGCGGGCAUGAAGGCGAUCCUUGUGAAAACAGGCAAGUAUCGCACUGGGGACGAGUUUCGCUGCUCCACGCCGCCCCUGGCUGUCGUCGACAGCUUGGCUGAUGCUGUGCAUUUUCUGCACGAUGUGGGCUUGCUUGAGUGA